UUUCUGCCUCUCUCUCUCUCAAUCUCCGUCUUCGCUGCCGACAAAGUUGUUGUACAGACAAUUCGAGGAAAUUCUAUCAACCGUCUUAGCUUCAAUUUUGUUUAUUUUGCAGCUUUGACGGCCAUAAGGUUCAUAUGUAAAGAAGGAUUUUGAAGCAGCAUAAAACUAUUUAGGAUACUGGUGCCAGCAUAGUCCUUGUUUCUUUUCUUUGAAGGUUUUGAAGCAUUAUGGUAAUCCAUGCAGGCUAUCGUCUAAUUUCCUACUCGAAAGAGAUUGUAGAUGGACAGCCGAUUUUUGUUUCUUCAAAUUGUCUUCCUGUAAAGGCUUCAAAAUAUGAACCUGCUGGUCAUUCUUUUCAUUCUGCUGCACUUAAACUCCUCGGAUGUGAGGAAGAUACUGAUGUUGAUGAUCAGAAAGUCUCCAAUGAUAAGGAACAGACAUCUUUGCCACAAUAUGAGUCUUAUAGUAGCAAAGGUAAAAAGAAGUCAGGUACAGGAAGCAAUCAACAAGAUCAUUAUGCAUUGCUGGGAUUGAGUCAUUUGAGAUACCUUGCCACAGAGGAUCAGAUAAGAAAAUCUUACCGUGAGACUGCUUUGAAAUACCAUCCUGACAAGCAGGCUGCACUUCUUCUUGCCGAGGAAACUGAAGCUGCAAAACAAGCAAAGAAGGACGAAAUAGAAAGCCACUUUAAGGCCGUCCAAGAAGCGUAUGAAGUUUUGAUUGACCCUGUGAAGAGGAGGAUAUAUGACUCCACAGAUGAGUUUGAUGAUGAAAUCCCAUCUGACUGUUCCCCACAAGAUUUUUACAAGGUCUUUGGUCCAGCUUUUAUGAGGAAUGGAAGGUGGUCAGUUAGUCAACCAAUACCAUCUCUAGGUGAUGAGAGUACUCCAUUGAAGGAAGUCGAUAAUUUUUACAAUUUUUGGUAUAGCUUUAAAAGCUGGAGAGAGUUCCCACAUGCAGACGAGUUUGAUCUUGAACAGGCCGAGUCUCGUGAUCAUAAGAGAUGGAUGGAGAGGCAGAACGCUAAACUUUCAGAAAAAGCUAGGAAGGAAGAAUAUGCACGAGUCCGUACUCUUGUCGACAAUGCUUACAAAAGAGACCCUAGAAUUCUAAAGAGAAAGGAGGAGGAGAAAGCUGAGAAGCAAAGGAAAAAGGAAGCUAAAUUUCUGGCAAAGAAGUUGCAGGAGGAAGAAGCUGCUAGGGCUGCUGAAGAGGAGAAACGCCGAAAAGAGGAGGAGGAAAAACGAGCUGCUGAAGCUGCAUUACAACAGAAGAAGCUGAAGGAAAAAGAGAAGAAGCUCUUGCGCAAAGAGCGGACUCGUCUUAGAACACUUUCAGCAUCCAUUGUAUCCCAGCAUUUGCUUGAUCUCUCUGAGGAGGAUGUGGAAAGUCUGUGUAUGUCACUGGAUAUUGAGAAGCUGAGAAGUUUGUGUGAUAAGAUGGAAAACAAGGAAGUCCUGGAACAAGCAAAAGCUAUCAGGAAUGCACUUGGACAUGUUGAUGAAUGUGAGGGAAAGAAACAAGAUGAGAAAAAGAAUUUACAGCAGAAUGGUUCUGCGGAGGCAAAUGGAAGUACCCCUUUAAAAAGCUUUGAGAAGAAGGAGAAGCCUUGGGGAAAGGAAGAGAUUGAACUUUUGAGAAAAGGAAUGCAGAAAUAUCCAAAAGGAACAUCUAGAAGGUGGGAGGUUAUUUCGGAGUACAUUGGUACAGGAAGAACUGUGGAAGAAAUUCUGAAGGCAACCAAAACAGUCCUCCUUCAGAAGCCUGAUGGUGCAAAAGCUUUCGAUUCUUUUCUUGAGAAGAGGAAACCUGCAGUGUCCAUUUCUUCUCCCCUUACAACUAGGGACGAUGUGGAAGGGGCAUCGACCCCUCAGGGACCUCAAAAAACAGCUGCAAAGGUGGAUAUACCAAAUGAGUCUUCAAGUUCAAACAGUCCUGUGGAUGUGUCUGCUGCUAAUGGGGUUUCUUCAAGUUCCGAGCACGAUGUGUGGUCUGCUGUACAAGAAAGGGCAUUGGUUCAGGCUCUAAAAACCUUCCCCAAGGAAACCAGUCAGCGCUGGGAGCGAGUUGCAGCUGCUGUUCCUGGAAAGACUGUGAAUCAGUGUAAGAAGAAGUUUGCACUGCUGAAGGAGAACUUUAGAAACAAGAAAAGUGCAGUUUAGUUUUUCUUUGGUUGGCUUCUUCCGCUGCUCAGAAUGAGAACGUGAUAUACAUGCGGGAGAUUUUUCCUGUUAUUUCAUUUAAAUUUAAUUCUUAUCUCGUUCAAGGCAGCGAUCUCGUGAAGUAUUAUUAUUUGCGAAAAGAGAGGAAUUCUUAUUCCUGGAGUCUGUUACCAUCGGUCCGGUUUUUGGUUGUUUCCCGUACAGGUAUUAUAGCUGAUACUUAUUGGAAGGGAGAACCCUUUAGAUAUAGAUAUUAGAAAAUCCAAAAUUUCUCGAUAUAUGGUUGAAGGUGCUUCAUCUUUGACGGAGACUGAGAUUAAUUUUGUAACCUUUUAUCCUUUUGUUACCA